UUGAAGCUCAUCUCUGGCCGGGCCUUUAGCUGCCCUGGAUUGGCCCAACAAUGAUUUACCAGCCGGGGGUGGAGGGGCGCUCCCCGCCUCCGCCCCGCGGACCUUGGAGCCGGGGCCUGGCUCUGCUGUGGCUUCUCUCCAUCGAAAAUGUUUUCCUUGGGCUCCCAGCUCCCAGCGCUGCCGGGGCUGGCGUGGGGCUGGGCACUGCUGGACGCGCUCCUGCAAGGGCUGGUGGGUGCCUGCGCCGUCUCGGUGCUCUGCAGCCUGCUGAAGGUUUAUCUCUACAUCCAGUGCGUGAACAGCCCGGAGAGGCAGGCAGAGAAGGAGGCGAUCGCGGCGCAGCGGCCGCUGCUGGAGCCGCUGCAUGUGCUGGUGCUGAGCGCUGUGCUGGCCCUGGUGGGCUCCCGAGUGGCUGCGCUGGUGGUGCUGGAGUUCUCCCUGCGCGCCAUCUCCACCAUCCUCUCCCUCGGCAAGGUGAGGUGGCACAGGGGAAACUGA